AUGCUUUAUCCAAAUGGUACUGUUUGGGUCAAUUAUCGAGUUCGUGUAAAAGGACCAUGUGCUAUGGAUUUGUCAAAUUUUCCAAUGGAUGUACAAACCUGUAAUUUAAUUUAUGAAAGCUUUAACUACAAUAAUCAAGAAGUACGAAUGCGUUGGAUUAAUUCAAAUCCAGUCUAUACUGUCAGUGAAAUAUUAUUACCUGAUUUCAUUUUAAUUAAUAUCUCAUCAACUCUUAGGAUAGAGAAAUAUCCAGCUGGAAUGUGGGAUGAAUUGCAUGUGAAUUUAACAUUCGAAAGGCGUUGUGUAUGGUAUUUUAUGCAAGCAUAUGUUCCAACUUACCUUACCAUUUUUAUCAGUUGGGUGUCAUUUUCAUUGGGACCACGAGCGAUACCUGCUCGAACAAUGCUUGGUGUUAAUGCAUUAUUAGCAAUGAUAUUUCAAUUUGGUAAUAUUAUGCGAAAUUUGCCAAGAGUAUCAUAUAUUAAAGCUAUUGAUAUAUGGAUGUUAGUCUCAAUGACUUUCAUAUUCUCAUCAUUAAUUGAGCUGGCAGUAAUUGGUUCAAAGGUGAAAAGUAUGGAAAGCGGUCAAAAGCCGAGGAAGCCGCACUGUAAAAAUAUCGAAGGAGUAGAGUCAAGUCCGAAAGGUAUUUGCGAAUUCGAAAAAAGGUUUAUGCUUCCGGUAGAAGGAUUUGAAUUGAAAUGGUGCCGAUCACGUUGGAAGUCUAGUUCUUGGACACCAGAUCGUAUAGAUCAUUUAUCAAGCAUCAUCUUUCCUGCAUUUUUUGCAUGCUUUAAUGUGAUCUAUUGGUCUUGGUAUUCCGAACAUUUGUUUUAG